UGCCGGGGCCGCGGCGCGGGCUGAGGCGGGAUGCGGCAGAGGAGGCCCCGGGCGCUGGGCCCGGGGUCCCGGCGGAGGGGAGGUGACACCCCCGCGGCCCCCAGCCUCCCGCCGCUCGUGGAAGGCCCGCUGCGCUGCUUCCUCCGCUGCACCGUCCCCCGGCUCCUGUGGACGGGCCCGAAAACGCCCACCGCCCUCGUUCGCCUGAGGUGGUGGGGGGAAACUUCCGACGGCACCGUCUUCCAGCCCGCCUCCCGGCCGGGCCAAGCGGCGGGCAGAACCACCGCCCGCUUCCCGGUGCGCUGCGGGCCGAGGCAGCUGGCUGCCUACCUGACAGAUAUGGGUGUGCUUAUCCUGGAGGUAAUGACCAAACUUGACCAUCUUCCACUUGGCAAAGUGCAAAUCACUGGCCUGGCCCAGCUCUCCCCCAGCCAUCCCAUCAGUGGGUUUUUCACCAUCAUUUCACCAACGUCUGAUAAACUGGGAGAGCUGCAGGUCUCACUGGUUCUGGAGCCUCUGCCAGAACUGUAUGACACCAGCAGCUCUGUACCAACCACAGAUGGAAGUUUGGAUAUCACUUCUGCCCAGGGAAGCAGGAAGCAGCCCAGGCAAACACGGGUGACAAUUGCUGAUCACAAGGCCAUCAGCCACAGCAGAGCCACCACUCCCAGUAGAGGAAAGGACCAUUUGCUUUUUCAAGAGGACUCUGAAAACAUAAAGGACACUUCUUCUUGUCAUGGUGGGACUUUACCAGAUGAACAUUUGGAAGUGAACCCUUCAAAGCAGCAGAUGCUGUUUCCCACCAGCACUGAUCCUGAAGCACCUGCUAGAACAAACGUGCGGGUCCUCUCUUUGCACAACCCGGCUACCAAAGACCUGCUCUCAGCUCUUCUGGAUCAGGGCAAUAAGCUCCGGGAUGCCAUGGUUGUUUCUGCAAUGAAGUCCAGCCCAGACAUGGAGAUUGAACUGACUGAAGUGCCUCCUUUUACCACCAGAGAUGAAUUCAAAGCACCAGCAAAGAGCCCGAAAGGCUUGAACUCAGAUUUUGUGCCUGCUCCUGAAGGUCCCCACCCCCUUGCAGCUGGAGUUUCAGGUCAGCUAAACUCUGAAGAGAGAGCAAUACAGUUGCUGUUGGGCAGUGCUGAUUUCUCUCCUGUGCACGUCUGGGAUCAGACAGGUUCCCUUUUGGAUUCUCUUUCUCUGGGGAGUGAGGUGUAUGACAGUGAACUGAAUGAUCCCCUUUAUGACCAGAGUCUGCUCGAGAGUCUUUUCUACACGGGCCCUAAAUCUGAUUCCAGUUUAAGUGAUGUCCUCAGUGAUGAUGAAGUUAUCUCCUCCAAAAAAGUAACCAAGACAGGAACUCUUAAGAAAGCAAAUCUACAGAAAGAUUCCAAUGCCUUUAAUCAGGCUCAGAAGGUGACAGAUAUUAAACCCAGCUGCUUACCUAUUAGAUCAUUUGCUCCACCAGAAGAUCACCCAGAAGCAACUCCUGUGACAUCCUUGGGUGCAGACAGGUUGGCAUUGCUGGGGCAAAUACAUUUGGCCAGAGUCAUCAUUGAAAGCUUGAAAAUCCCUCCUGAGAGCAUCCAGAUUACACCAAGAAAGAAAGGUUUGACAGGGAAGCCUCCAAAGCCUGCUCCAGUUAACAAGUGUACCUUCUUUGUUGAGUACCACUUUCCUGUGGGAGCCUCCAAGGAUGCAACAGGACAGAUCUCCAUAACAACAGAAGUAAUUCGAGUAGCUUCAAGUAAAAUCACAGACAAUGUGGUGACAUUUCAGCAGCGGUUCGUGUUCCCCGUCCGCUUCGCUGGGACGAUGAUAGAGCACUGGUGGAGCUCUGACCUGGCUUUUAAAAUCUUCAUGAGAAAAAGCACACAGAAAAAGCCCGUGGCCAUUGGCUCAGCAGCACUUCAGCUACUCAAGGUUAUUCAGUCUGAGCUGCUCUCUCUCAGCUGUGAAAUACCUGUGGAAAAGGAGGAAGGUCAGACACAAGUUGGACCACUCAAGGUGUCCCUGGAGCUCGCAGCCGACAACAAAGACUUCACCCCCACGGCUGCCCGGUCAGCACCGGCUGCGCAGCCAAUCCCACCUCAUGCCCUGAGGAGUCCCCGGCUGGAAUUCCAGGAGCCCAACAGGGAGCCCAACAGGAGGAGUGUAAACGCAGAGAGCCCUCGUUGCUUGACACUUCACCAGGAGGAGUCACAGAAGGCAGGAGCUGCCACCCUAAGCGUCGUUCACUCACCACAGGCUGCACCAGCCUCUGCAGCCCGGACUCUGGUGACACAAAAAACUGCAUCUGAAGAAGAUGGGUUGUUACUGCACGUGCUGCUGAUGGUGCCUGAGGGGAAGGAGUUUGUUGCUGGAGACUGUGGGCUCCACAGUUCCUGUAACGUGUAUCUAAACUGCAAGCUGCUCAGCACCGAGGAGGCCACGAGGUCUGCUGUCGUGUGGGGCACAACACAACCUGCCUUUAAUUUUUCUCAGGUGAUGCCUUUUUCAUUGACUUCCAAACACUUGGAGAGGCUGAAGAACAACAUCAUGAUUAUUGAAGCAUGGAACAAGAUGGGAAGCCCUGGCUGUGACAGACUGCUAGGAUUAGUGAAGCUUCCUCUGCAUCAGUUUUACAUCUCAUUCAAAGAUCCAAAGAUCUCCCACCUACUUCUUCAAGCCCAGUACCCAGUGGUGGCUGUGGACAGCUAUAUGCCUGUGAUAGAUGUUUUUACUGGCAGCAGAAGUGGAAGCCUGAGGGUCAUUCUUGCCAUGGGCUCAGCUGAUCAGAUAGUGGCGCUGCAGCGGCUCAGAAGCGAAGAGGGAAGGAUCCCUCCUGUCCCACCACGUCCUGCCCACUCUCUGGACCCUCCUCCUACACAGCCCACAAGGCAGUCAGAGCAAGAAGGGGAAGACCUGAUGGAGCAUGUGUUUGAGAUCCAUGUGGAGAGUGUGAAAGGCCUCACUCCCUUACAGUCCACUGUCUGGGGGGAGGCUGACUGCUACGUGCAGUACUAUUUCCCUGUUCAAGAGACAGGUUGUGGUGCCCUGCAAGGGACUGAAUUGCACGAGGGUGGCAUCGACUUAAGGCCGUUCCGCACAGCAACCGCUUUGUGCGUCCCUGAUCCCCUCUUCAGUGAUGAGCACCGUCAUUCCUUCUUGGUUCCUGCUGCUGUCCCAGUCCAGAGACUCCUGGUGGGUGCAUUUAUGGCACCAGGAGCAGCUGGAGGAGGAAUCCAGUUUGAAGUCUGGUGCAGGUAUUAUUACCCCAAUGUCAGGGACCAGAUGGUUGCUAAAGGGACCUUGCCUUUGUCCCACCUCUGUGCCAUGGUGACUCUGCAGCAUCGGGAAGAAACGGGGAUACAGACUUUUAACCUUCCAUUGGUUCCUAGAACUGAUUCCUCAGGGGAAUUCCACCUGCAGUCUUCAGGCUUGCUCAAUGUGAAUGUGAGAUACCAACGAUCCCUGAAAGCAGCAGCAGGAAUAGCUGCUCAAGCUGUUUCUCUUUCUGUACAAAUACACAGGGCAGCUGGUUUGCAGGCAGCAGCCAGAGCUGUGGCACAGAAGAACCCUUCACUCCAGUACUACACAGGUGUGGGAGUUAAUGCUUAUGUCUCUGUGCACCUCUCCUUCCUGUCUGAGGCAGAGAGACACUGCACACGAGCUGUGGCUCACACCUUCUGCCCAGAGUUUGAGCAUCGUGUCCUAUUUCCGUGUAACCUCAUCAUUCAGAAAAGCAGUGGAGAAGCCUCUUGUCUGGGGGAAGUCCUGCAGGCUGCCCAAAUCAUCUUCUCUAUCUACCAUCAGAGCACCAAGUCAGCCCCUGAGACAUUGGCAGCUCGGACAGCAAGAGAUUAUCUUCUUGGGACAGUCACAGUUCCAACCAGAGACCUGCUGAGAAGGAGAUCAGGCAUUUCAGGCUGGUACCCAGUUACCCUCUCUGAAGAUUUAAUCCCCUCCCACUGCACAAGCAUCAUGCAGACCAUCGUGGGUGGGCUGGAACUUUCUGUCACCUUUGCUCACCAGGAUGACAGGGAGCGUGUCUGGGAGGCUGCCAGGCUUUUGGGAUGGAGCAGUGAGGAGAGCCAUGAGGACAGCAUGGAUGAAGGCAACGGGUGGGAGCAGAGUGCCACUCCAGUCACUGUCACCAUCUCAACCCCACGAGUGUGGCUGCCAAUCCGUUCUGUGCUGCUGACAGGCCAGACACACCUGAACAAAAACACUUGUUGCUACCUCAGGUAUAAGCUGUUUAAUCAGGAAGCCACGUGGACUGAGCUCAGGAGACCAAAACUGAGCGAGGACACCAAGAACGUGACAGUGAACUUUAAGAAACCAAACAAAGUGACUCUCCAAAGGAGCCCAGGACUCCUUUGGUUCCUCCAAGAGGAGAAGUUAGAAAUCCAGGUGUGGUGGGCAUACAGCAAAGAAGAUCAUGUGGAAAGACCCCUUGAUACUGACAGACUGAUUGGAUCUGCCUACGUUGACCUCGCAGCAUUAGCAGGGGGGUCAAGGACAACACGGAGUGUUAGUGGGGUGUAUCCUCUGUUCAGAUGCAAUGCUGCAAACCUGGCAGGAGCUGCUCUGCAUGUUCACGUCGUCCUUUCUUCCACUUCUGCUGCUCUGCCCAGCAGACCUCCCUGUGCUGAGGAGAUCAGCAGCAGUGAAGAUGAAGACACAGAAAAAGCCCCUGGUCUGAACCAACAGGUCUCUGAAGAUCAGAGUCAGAAGCUGGAUCCUGUCAGUUCAGAAAUCACCAAUGGGAACCCACAAGAAGAAGACCUGAUGUUUCUGGAAAACACAGUUGCUGUCAAUAUCCUUGUGGAAAGAGCCAUGCAUCUAAGUUUAAAAGGGAGUCCUCUGACAGAACGUGAAGUAGCAGCACCCAGUAGCUGUGUCUCUUUUGCUGUUGCUGGUGCAGAUGCUCCAAUAACCACAUCAAUAAUAGAAAAUACAGACUCACCAGUCUGGGACUUCCAGCAAGAAGCAAGAUUAUCCAAAGAGCUUCUGCUGGAUCCACAGCAAACCUUGGUCUUCAAAGUGUGGCAUAAAGCAGACGCCGAACGAGUGAUAGGAUUUGCCUCAGUGGACCUUUCUCCUCUUCUUUCUGGCUUCCAGCUGGUGUGUGGGUGGUACAAUAUUACAGAUUUCAGUGGGCAGUGUCGAGGGCAGAUCAAAGUAGCAGUUUCCCCUCUUCAAAACAUCAAUCAUCUCAAGGAAGAACGACAGGCCAGGAUCCGCACCCAGCCAGCAGGUUCUUCAGUCAAGCCCAGCUUUCCAGCAUUCCCCAAUAAUGCCACAAGCUUUUCCAAGCAGAUGUCACAGGAAGGCACUUUUCCCACCCGAGAGCGGCCUGUGUCCAGCAGACUCAGUUCCCCUGGGACACACAGACCUCGGCACGAGGAGCACAUGCAGAACGUGCGGCGGUUCCACGAGUCCCUGCAGCAGGCCCAGGGGGACCCACUGUCACUGUCAUCACGUGCUUCUCUGCUCUCUGCUCUCAGGAAAAACUUGAGUGAGCUGGAUGAGCUUCAAAGAUACUUCAGUCAGAAGCUGACCAGGUCUUUUCCUGACUUCAGUUAUGGUAGCACCUCCAAACCAAGACCUGAGGAGCCAGAGAGUGAUCAUCAGGGCUUGAUGAGCAGAGAAGUGAAUCCCAAGAGAUGCUGCAUUUUGGAAAAAUCUGGUCAGUUGGUGUCUCAGGUCAGCAGCCUAAUCCAUGAAACUAAAAAUAGCAAAGAAUCUCCCAAUGUGCAUCAGGACAACAACAGGAAGGUGGGUGCUACACAGGGACCCAACCAGGAGGAUGAAGAAGCUAGAACAGAAGAAUCUCAAGGCCAACUGGAGUUGGACUCAUCCAGCAUCUGCAGUGAUACACAGCAGCCAUGUUCUUUUGGGAGAUCUGUGUUUGAGAGACACAUGUUGCAUGAGUUCCUAGACCAAGCUAUCCCUGGAGGAGAAGGUCCUUUGCCACCAGACUCCAUCCAGGAAGGUGAAGGUGCUUUUGCCAUCCAGCCCCACAGCGAAGAGGACUAUGAAGAAGACAUUAUAGAGCCACGAACUCUUAAUGAACUAACAACCCUGACAGACAAAACCAGCCCCUGGUCCAGUGUGGUGUCUGAAGCAGAGCAGGGUGCAGAUCAUCAGACUGCAGACAUCAGGUCUGAAGAUCAGUGCUUGGUGGAUAUAAGUUGUUUCCAAAGAGGAACUAGCAGACAGAGCAGCAUCCUGUCUGGCAUCCUACAAGGUGACAACUCAAGCAUGCUCACCACCCUUAGCUCUCUCCACGCAGAGGAGAGCAGUCCUUGGGCAGCACCAGAAGGCUUUCAGAGCUUGAGCAGUGGCACAGAAACAGCUGGGAAGGAGCAGUUUCAGCCUGCUCAUUUGCCAGAAGGGUCUCAAACAGCUGAUGGCCCUGCAGAAGGUGGAAGUUGUGAUUGGGAUAGAGCAGUGGACACUAAACCUGAUGAAGAGUUUCAUGCAGGCUCAAAAGAACUACUGGAAUCUCCUCCAGGUGUUGGUUCAACUGAUUUAAAAACCACAGAAAGAGAGAAGGGGGGAACCAGUGAGGCUGCAAAUGAGGAUCAUCAAGACAAGGAAGAAAGUGGCUCUGAUGAGGUCAGUGUUCAGAGUCUGUCAGCCCAAGCAGGCUCAGAAGGAUAUGGUGAAAACUUUUCUGAUGACAGUAGUGAAGACCCACUGGAAGAGUCAGAAAAGUCAGUCAAACCAAAAAUGCUUUUAUCUGGUCCUGUUGUUCCCAACUUCUUCCUUCCACCCCAGCAGAUGGAAGCCUCCAUGAGACUGCUCAGCAUUUCUUCUCAUCCUUCCACAGCACUGAAAAGCAGCAGCCGAGGGCAGCCAGGGCACAUCCCGCACCGGAGGCCGGCCCGGCCCAGGCCCAGGGCUGAUCUCUCAGAAGAAGAAGCCAGAAGGAUCUCCAGGAUCUUCUCUGCUCGGCUGUCCAAGAAGGAAUAACGUUGGUGAGAGGCCAUCUGUGGAAGCUGCUUCCUCAACCUGAUGCAUCAGCAGACUCUGGGUCCUCCAGGGAAGAGGAGGUUGACGCCGUAGGUUUCAGGCUCUGGUUUUUAAUUUGCCUAAUUAGUGUCUCGUUGGAGAGACAGAAAGCCUGGUGGUCAACCAAGGGGAGCUGAGAGACCAUGUGUCUUGCAAGGGCAGGUCCCCGAUGAGACUCAUGGCUUUGGGUAGCCAAUGAGCUGUUCCCUCAUCUGCAGAUACUCCAGGUGUGGGAUUGAUUGAUGUGAAAUGUCUCCAAUUAACCUCUUGGGUUUAUUUUGAGUAAACACAAAUAAUCCCCUUUGGAGACGGCUCCUUCAGCCACGUGCUGGGGAACGUCAGCAAUUUGCCCUCCCAUCAACGAGCAGAGAAAUGUCACCUCCCAGCAGGCAUGGAAGAUGAGCUCCUUCCCCAGUGGCCUUUCCAAAAUAGUUGGUGGGAAGGGUAACUUGUGGAUUCCAGAGGGAUCUUCGUGCCCAAGGUGCUUGUGGAAACGCAGGCCAAGGAUGCUGUAAAAUUCCGACCUGCGUACGGAGGGUUGUGCUUGGAAGAUGGAUUUUUUUUAAUAUUUAAAUUAUUUUUAUACAUGUUCGUGUCGGGUACCUCGGGAUAAGGGGCUUUGAUAUGAACUGAUUGAAUUUUGUGCUGCUCCUCCCCAGUGUUUGGGUUUCAAUAAAAUCCCCCUGGUUUCUUGGCCGGUG